AUGGAGAUCUCAAAGAUUCGCCCGUGUAACAUUUAUGUGGCUUUUUCAAUUAUAUUUAUCUGCUUUGCUGUUUGUUUCGUGGCGUUGAUUCAUCUAGAGUACGAAGUUCACGCUCAGCGACAAAUGCUUCAAGUUUUAACUCAACGGCAAAGAGAAGAAAAGAACAAACCAAGAAAUCCUGAACACGUGGAUCCGAUUACGGUUGUACUGAGAUCGUUGCGUAGCGACUCUGGUGAAGGUAAGACUGAGAUAAUUACUGAAUAAUCAGGCUUGAAUCAGGCCAUGCCAUAAGGAUAGUAUUGCGUUUGUUUUUAUCACAAAAGCUCUUCUUUACUGUGGUCAAGUUAAAGAUACUUCUUCUUUCUUAAGUUUUAAAAUUUUAAAGUACAAGUAGGAACAAGGAGUGUCCUUCCAUGAUCUGAAUGCUAAAUAUAACGCUUAUCAUAACUAUUGAAACUGUAAGCUGACCGCUCCAGUGCGUUACGAAAUGUACUGAUAUCAAUGAUGUCAUCUUUUACGAGGCUGUAACGUAACAAUCCGUCCCUUUUUCGCCUUUUGCCUAAUAGCUUCCGCUUCAGUUUGACCACCAUUCUACAACGCGCAGCACAUUUCCUUGAAAUAAAGGAAACCGAAAUCAAAUCUUUGUCGCUCUUGACAAAUGUUACCCCUUUCGCGUGCCUAGUUUAGAACUUUGCAUCCUUUUAACUGCUUUACUGAACGCAGUGUCUUCAUGAAUAAAUCACAAAACUAGGAAGAGAACGUCAUCUCUACUUUUUACAGCCAUGAAAUGCAUCCGUCAUCCCUUUGGGCCUUUGGACGCAAAUGACAGAUUUCCCGCUACCCUUUCAUAUACGUACUUCAACUAGUGAAAUCCCUAGCCUUUCUGAAAAAGGUACCCCCUUCGGGCGGAACCUUCCCGUAUAGGCCAUUAUGGGGAGUAGCCUCGGGGGCGGGGAGGUCGCUAUAGAUUUUAACGUACAAAGCGCUUCGUGUCAAGUCAAUUCAAACGUUGGAAACAACACUGAAAAAAAACACACGUUGCAAUGACUGGAAUUCCUUUAAGAUUACAAGUUUUUAAAAAUCCGUUUUUAAGAAGAUUAAAAUCUUUGAAGUUUAUCCAUCCGUGCCUCCCUCUAGUUUGUUUUUUUUUUUGGUACAGCUGCAGCAGAACAUAGACAUAUCUGUGUCGUUUGCUUUGUUCUUCUCUUCCGGUGCUAAUUAUAUUGCUUGUGCUGUGACGAUUGUGUCUGCUUCGUGUGGUUUGUCACCGUCUUUUAUGAUAAUGUUAAUUUUGAAAUGUUACAUUGUUUCACUUGAUAGUUUGGUGGAAAAUGCCUGAUAAAUUUCGUGACAGUUACAGCUGCUUUAGAAUGUCAGUUUGGUAAAAUGGUAAACAAAAAGAGGAAAACGCUUUCAAACUUCGAAAUAUACUUUCGAACGAAUAAAUAACAAUCCUUUAUGUAAAAUCGUGUCCAUUACUUUUUUGCAGAACUGUUACACACUCGUCAUAAACGUUCUGCUGGAAAUGACAGUGAUAUCUUAAAACAAGGCAAACCUGUCAAUCCUGAUGACGUCAGAGGACUGAUAAUUGCUUUGGGUAAGCUGGCCUGUCCUGUAAAAUGCCCCAGAGGUCCCAGAGGACAAAGAGGCAGACCCGGUAACCCAGGCAAACAUGGACCGCCGGGUCCUCGAGGACUGCAGGGACCAAAAGGCGACAAAGGGGCUCAAGGAAAUCAGGGGCCCCCUGGGCCUAAGGGCGAUCAGGGCCCUCAAGGGCCCAAGGGCGAUGCUGGUGAAUCCAUCUCAGCUCCUUCGAUUGUGUUACCUCCGGUGUCAAUGGUGGUGAACGAAACUGGUAUAGCCUCAUUGCAAUGCGAAGUUAAAGGAAAUCCAGCGCCUCAGGUCACUUGGCUGAAAGAGAACUCCAGCCUUCCCGCGGACAAGCGAAUAUUCCAGUCACGUGAUGGUCUAAUUAUUGUGGAUGUGACGUCGCAGGAUAGUGGAUUGUACACGUGCGAAGCAAGAAAUUUUCUAGGAACAGUAUCGUCCUCAGCCACAUUGACUGUGCAAGGUAAUGAAAUUGUUUCCGCCUAGCAAAUAUUAAAUAGAGGAAGCAGCCUUAAAAGGAAAACUAGACAUUCAAAAUACUUAUGCUGUGAGACGUUGAAGUGAAGUGAAUAUACUAUACCGCUUUUUCAGUUUUUAGUAUAGGUAAUUUCCUAUUUAUUCAGCAAUGAUAACAAGACCAACAACGAACAUUGACUCUUGAUAACGUUACCAUGAACGUUAACUGCAAGGCGCUAACAUAAGAAGUGCGAAUAAAAACACAAUUAAAGUUUUUCCCAGCGAUGCGUUUCAGAGUCUCUGUGAGCCAGGAAGCCGGCGUGGCGUGUCAUCUCCCAGCCAAAAAUAUUUUAGGUAGAAAUAAUCACUAGCAAGCUAAUAUUCCUAACUAAUUCCCAGCCAAUUUUUAUCUAAGAUGCCCUACUUCCACGAUGCCUGAGGAACGGCUAUUUUGAAUAUGGGCUCCACAGAGCACUCCCGCUGACCUUUUCCUUCAUGACUCUGACUGUGGAAAUUUAUUUUCAACCCCGGUUCAAAUUGUUGUUGUUUUUAAAAUCACAACCGUCUGAGAUUUUGGUCAUCUCUUUUAUGCCUUACACCGCCUUGGGGUGGGGGAAUUCGGGAGGGAAUACCCAUGGGCUCCUUCCCCGGAAAACGGUAACACAUCACUGAUGGUUAUUUUCUCUUUUUACAUAAAAGCUGCCGUUACACCAACCUCUCUAGUGCGCAAUCCCACGUCCUGCAGCAGCUUAAAAACAGGCUCUUCAGGAGAUUAUAUAAUCGAUCCUGGUGGCGACGGAGGUGUGACUCCCUUCAACGUGUAUUGUGACAUGCGUGACAAAGGAGGAAUGGGCGUGACAAUCAUCAGUCACGAUAGUGAGAAUAGAACCCACGUUGGUAACAUUCCAGGUUGCAGUGGAGUGGGUUGCUACAGUAAAAAGGUAAAUUAUACUGGGGUGAACAUCGCCCAGAUAGAAGCACUCACUCAAGUCUCACGGGAAUGUGAACAGUUUAUCAAGUUUGAAUGCAACAAUGAUGUUCAGUUUAUUCAGGCCAGUUAUGCAUGGUGGGAGUCACGUGAUGGAACACGCAUGUACUACUGGGGUGGAGCAACAGGCCAUACUAACAUGUGCGCAUGCGGAGUAACAAACUCGUGCUCUAAUGGUGAAAAGUGUAACUGCGAUUAUGGAGGCUACAGCAGUGGAUGGAGAGAGGACAGCGGUCUGCUGACAGAUAAGUCCUCCCUUCCCGUAACACAGAUCAGACUGGGAGACUUGGAUAGCUCAAAUGAGGAAGGAUAUCUCACAUUAGGAAAACUGAAAUGUUAUGGGAAAGCGUGACCUUUUUCAGUGUUAUGCCACCUUACUUUGAGUCGCAAAAUGAAACGGAAAAAAAGGCUAAUACUAAAUGAAACAUUUGUUGUUAAUAGUGCAAAAUCUGAUCGGGUAGUUUGCAGUUAUUAAAGAGCCUUCGAUUCUGCGGGGAUAACGAAUCGAUGUUUACGUUUGGUUUUUUGAUGCAGAAAAAUUUAUUUCUGAAAACUCGUUCUUGAACAGAAAUAAGCACAUUGGAUGUUUUCAUGCUGUGGGUUUUAUGUUUCGCAAUUGGAUGACUGUGAAAUUGCGCUUAUUUAACAACUUUGACUUUUUUUGGUAUUGUAAAUAAGCUUUUUACUGGUUUAAACCUGUAAUACUGAGUUUAGUUUCACUGACCGUGCCCACUGAAAAAGUUAAAGCUUGAAUUGAACCCUCUGCAAAAAUUCCCCUUUUUGUUUUUGAUUCUGAUUUUGGUAAAUAUUCCCUAUUAAGCAGGUCGUUUUGGUGUGAUGGGCCACUCGGCGGCAAAAGGUAUUAUCCUGCGAUGCGCCAGAAUCGCGGGCGCAUUGAUGGAGAAACAGUUUUUUUGUAGAGACCUACUGAUCCUAGCUGAAAAGACUAGACUCAGAUGCAUAUAGUUUUUUAUUAAUUUUUAUUAUUAUUAUUUUUUUACAAAUAUCUGUAUAAUCAAACAUAUCAGUUUAAUCACACUUGCUACAUUCUUUCUUAUUAUUCAUUCAAAAUAUUUCGCAGUUUCUGAUUGGCUCAAAGCCCCCGGCUAACUCUUCAUAACCAACGGGCGUUGACCAAAUUUGGAAGAUGCAUGCAAUGUUCCUUCGAUUCGAUGGUAAUAAUAUUGACUUGGAAAAGAGGUUGAUCGAUGAUGUAAAGCAUGAUUUGGAAACGAGGUUGCAUGGGCAAUAGACCAUCGAUCAACCUCGUUUUCAGGCAAGGCGGCCUAGCUUUUAUACACGAGUGAACUGAGAAAGGUGGCGUUCAUGCACGGCUAUCCGAAGACGAAAUAGCUGCAUUUAUGACUCAAAAUGAACGGAAGGAAAGCAAGAAUACACAAAACAUAGUGCUCGAUGGAUAUUACCUACUUUCUAACAUCCUCCUCGAUCUGCUUUAUUCUUCACAUCCUACUCAGCUUCAUUCAAUAAUUGCUAAAUAUGUUGUGAUCAGGCCCGGAUAGUUCAAACUUCGGAUAUCGCUAUUCAACGGAUAAAUCACUACCCAGCGGAUAAGUAUUAGGGAAACCAGUUGCGUUAUCUACUUGAAAGAGGUUUACAGCAAACUGGAUUUAUCCAGUGGGUAGCGCUAUCUAUCUUUCGAACAACCGGACCCAGACGAUUAGAUAUCCUUCAGCUAUCUAGCUUGAAUUCCAGCCGCCUCCUCCUCCUCCUCAGCUCGCCAUUGUGAUUUGCAUAAAAAGGAAACUUAUAAAAACCACCCUCAGGAAGUGAACGAGGGUUGGCGGGCAG